AUGUUCCGCUUUGGCUUCGCUGACCCUGCCGUCCAGCAAGCAGGUGACGCGCCACUUGCAGUAGAUGAGGCGGGCGCAGGGGCUGGAGAAGACGCGAUUGGGGCAGAGGAGGUGCUUGCCAGCGAGGCCAAGCCCACGGGUGCCCUGGAGACGCUGGCCGUCUCGCCGCAGCUGUCGCUCUUCAAGGCAAGCGGCGUGGUGAGCAACGCGCAGGCCGCCUCGCUGCUGGCGGACGACCGAUUGGAGGAGAAUGAUCUGAUUGAGGGGGUGUACGAAGGGGGUUUCAAGUCGUGGGAGGGCGGGGUGGACCUGGCGCAGCUCCUGGCGGCCGCCCUGCUGCAGCAGCAGCAGCAGCAGGAGGAGGGGCAGCAGCAGCAGGAGCGGCAGCCGCCACCGCCGCCGCAAGUGGAGGAUGAGCCUGCUGGGCAAGGGCCGCAGGAGGAGCGGCAGCAGGAGGGCGCGGCGGGGCCGCCGCCGGUGCAGCUGAGCGCGGAGAGCAGGGUGAUGGAGCUGGGCUGCGGCCACGGCCUGCCUGGCCUGGUGGCGCUGUGGGCGGGCGCCGAGGUGCACUUUCAGGACUACAACCGCAGCGUGCUCAGCCGGCUGACCAUCCCCAACGUCGCAGCCAACGCCGGCGCCUGGGCCACCCGGCGGGCGGCGGCGGCCGCGUCCCCCGGCGCGUCUGCUUCCUCGCCAGCACAGCAGCCCCCCCGGGCGCGCUACUUUGCGGGCAGCUGGGAGGCGCUGCCGGCGGUGCUGGAGGGGCUGGGGCUGGUGGGGAGCUAUGACAUGGUACUGACAGCGGAGACCAUCUACUCGUUGGAAGCCAUGCGCAGCCUGUACCGCUGCAUCAAGGCCUGCCUGCGCCCCGGCGCCGGCGUGGCCUAUGUGGCCGCCAAGAGCUACUACUUUGGUGUAGGCGGCGGCACGGCGGCCUUCCGGCAGCUGGUGGAGGCAGACGGCGUGUUUGCCUGCCGCGCCGUGGCCGUGGUGGACGAUGGCGUGUCCAACAAGCGAGAGGUGCUGGAGCUGGCGCCGCAGCGGCGCCAGGGGCAGGCGCGGGACGAGCAGCGGCAGGAGCGGGCGCCGCGGUAG